AGAAGGUGAGGCUCCGCCUCUCUCACCCCCCCAAGCUCUCUCCCACAAAACCCAUUUUCCGACGAUUAUCUUUUAUUUCAAAUAUCCUAGAAAUUAAAGAAAACCUUUUAUUUAUUGCUUUCCUUUUUCUUUUUUUUUUUCUUCACAAAAGUAAGGUUAGAGGUUUCAUUCCAUGGCGUCCACAAGGAAGGAUGUGGAUCGGAUAAAAGGUCCAUGGAGCCCCGAGGAAGACGAAUCGUUGCAGCGACUCGUCCAAACCUACGGCCCGAGAAACUGGUCUCUGAUAAGCAAGUCGAUCCCUGGUCGAUCCGGCAAGUCUUGCCGUCUACGCUGGUGCAACCAACUCUCCCCGGAGGUGGAGCACCGACCCUUCUCGGCGGAGGAGGACGAUACCAUCAUCAGGGCCCACGCCAGGUUCGGCAACAAGUGGGCCACCAUCGCUCGCCUCCUCAAUGGUCGCACAGAUAACGCCAUCAAGAACCACUGGAAUUCCACCCUCAAGCGCAAAUGCUCAUCCAUGACCGAUGAUUUAAGCGACGACGCACAUGCGCAACAGCCUCUCAAGAGAUCGGCUAGUGUCGGUGCCGGUACGGUCUCGGGCACCGCCAUAUCGGGUCUGUACCUGAACCCGAGUAGCCCAUCAGGAUCCGAUUUGAGCGAUACGAGUUUGCCCGGCAUGUCACCAUCACACGUCUUCAGACCUUUGGCCCGGACCAGCUCUCUGGUUCCGCCGACUCAGCAUGUUGAGGCCUCGUCUUCCAAUACGGAUCCGCCUACCUCUCUGUGCCUAUCUCUGCCCGGAUCGGAUUUGUGCGAGGUCUCGAACCACGGCACAGGAUCCAACCAGGUUGCGAGUCCCACUCAAGUGUUGCAGUCACCGGUACCGCUGCAGCAAAUUCCGGUGGCAGCUCAGAACGGGUACGAGAAGCCGUUCUUCAGCACCGAGUUCUUGUCCGUGAUGCAAGAAAUGAUCAGAACGGAAGUGAGGAAUUACAUGUCUGGGAUUGAGCAGAACGGGCUGUGUAAUUUGCAGACCGAAGCUGUUAGGAACGCCGUGGUGAAGCGGAUUGGGAUUAGCAAGAUCGAGUAGCCAAACAGACUAGUCUUUAGUCUUUAGUACUCAUCGUCUUUAUUGGGAAACGAGUCCCGACUCUCCAGGAACAACGAGAGAGGAGAAGAGAAGAAAUGGAGCCCACUUUUUUUUUUUUAAUUUCGUUUUUUUCUUUUUUCUUUUUUUUAAUUUCGUUCCCCCUCUUUUCUUUUUUUGUUAGAAUACAAGUGAAAAUAAUUUUGGUAGUGUACAGUGGGACAAAAUGGGGGUUGGUAAGAGAGGGAGGGGGGGACGACACGGUGUCGUUUAUGGUGAUGGAAUGGGAAAAAAGGGAGGGAAUGAGAGCUUGGGGAAACAUGUGGUGUGGGCAUUUAAAUUAUCUUCCAUUGGACAUAUUUAGCUACUGUAUCAUCUUCCAUUGAAUUCUGUGGGGACUCUCAUUCACGGCCCAAAUUGAUUAACAGUGAUGGACAGAGAGGACAAACCGAUUUUGUUUGCUUCCAUGUAAUUUGAAAGGAAAAUUGAAACACUAGAGUUUUGUUUGGGAGCGAGAAGCGAAAAAGGUUGUAAACAUAAUUUUGUUUGCUUGUCGAGAUGUGAUUGAGUGGUCACUUGGAAUUUAGA